AUGGAACCCCAAAGACAGAAUUUGAAGACAACACCAUCAUUGUCUUUAGGAAGAUUUCACAUUUCUGAAGAUUAUGGAUUUCUUCUUCCAAAUCCUCUGAAAGAACUUCCAGAUCAUUACAAUCCUUGGAUGGAAAUUGCCAGCAAACUUCCUUACCUGAUUGAGAAACACCAGCUUCGAACUCAAGUGAAAGAAAUGCCCCUCCUGGACUGCCAGUUCCUCAAGGGUUACCGGGAGCAGCGCCUGGCCCACCUGGUUCUAAGUGUUAUUACCAUGGGAUAUGUCUGGCAGGAAGGAGAGAAACAGCCAAAAGAGGUUCUGCCACAGAAUCUCGCCCUUCCCCUUGCUGAAGUCUCCAGGAGCUUGGGGGUCCCACCUAUACUGGCCCACUCUGACUUGGUGUUGGCAAACUGGACUCUGAGGAACCCUGAAAGACCUCUGGAAAUCAGGAACUUGGACACCAUUGUCUCCCUACCUGGGGGAGACAGCCUACGUGGUUUUGUUCUGGUGACUGUUUUGGUGGAGAAAGCAGCAGUACCUGGGAUUAAGGCAACUGUUCAGGCAGUGAAUGCCAUCGUGCAGCCCAGCCAAGACUCCCUGCUCUCAGCCCUGCAGCAACUGAGACUGUCCAUUCAGGACAUCACCAGAACCUUAGGACAAAUGCAUGAUUAUGUAGAUCCAGACAUAUUUUAUGCAGUCAUCCGGAUCUUUCUCUCUGGAUGGAAAGAUAACCCAGCCAUGCCUGUGGGCUUGAUAUAUGAAGGAGUCUCCAAAGAGCCCCUGGAAUACUCUGGAGGGAGUGCAGCUCAGAGCACAGUGCUUCAUGCCUUUGAUGAGCUCCUAGGCGUCCAUCACAGCAAGGAAAGUGCUGAUUUUCUGCACAGGAUGAGGGACUACAUGCCUCCUUCGCAUAAGGCCUUUAUAGAAGAAAUCCACUCAGCUCCAUCACUGAGGGACUACGUCCUGUCCUCUGGAAAUGGCCAACUUCUUACCGCCUACAACCAGUGCGUGGAGGCCCUGGCAGAGCUGCGAAACUAUCACAUCACUGUGGUAGCCAAAUACAUCAUCACCGCUGCAGUCAAGGCAAAGAGCAGGAGGUCAAGCCAUCUCCCAGGGCCGCCUCAGGCCUUAGAAGACAGGGGCACUGGUGGAAGUGCAGUGCUGAGCUUCCUCAAGAAUGUCAGGGAUAAGACCUUAGAUGCAAUAAUCCACCAAAGUGUUUAAGAGACUGCGAGACUGCCUUCUCCCAGCAGUGCCAACCUAGCAAACCCAGAUUUUGUUUUAUUCUCCCCCCACCCCCGACCCCCAGGACUGGUGAGUCUGCAGGAUGAGGAUCAGCUUUCUGUCUGGAAAAUCCAAAGAGGACCUUACCCCUAUUUAUGUCCCCACACUAUCCAACACCAUCUUCUCCUUGUUGAGAAUUGUUAGUCUUAACAGAGAAAAAAAUUCGUGGUCAGUCACCAACGUUACUUCCCCUCUCCUUUCCCAAUCACUGCUUAGUAGGAGACUACAUUAUUCAGAACCCAGCAGAGAAAAAAGUGUUUGCAAAGUAACAGAAAAGAAAUCUAAAUUUCUAAACCCAAAUAAAAUUGCCUAUGAAUAGUGUCCCCUUAUUGAUUUCUUGAAAAGAAAAUAUUCAUGUAUUCAUUCACUCACUUAACAGUUUAUUAAAUUCCUACUGAGUAUUGGCUUGGGGAACAGAGCAGGGAUUUCUGUGGCCCUGGUCCAGCCCUAUUCUCCCUGCAUGUGCUGAGUUUUGUGGCAGGAGGUUGGAAAUACUCCAGUAGAGAUGGGGGGAAAGAGGAGGCUGACAAUAGGACUUGGAAGUCACUAAUAUGAUUAUGAAUAGUUAAUGAUAUGGGAACGGAUGAAACUUUUCCACAUGGUUUACAAAUUUACUAAGUCUAUUUUAGUUCCUGUUUUUAUUUUUAGAAGAAUAACUCUUUCUCCUUACACUGAGAAUUUGCACUAUGAAAAUGAAUGAAUUGACCUUUUGGAAGAAAAUGAGCAAAAUGGGA